AGAGACAUCGCCACCAUUCAAUGCGGAAGUCUCGAGCUGUGCGCUAACUCUUAUUGGUCUCAUUAUUUAUAUUAAUUGUUAAGUUGUAGUCGUAUGUUAGUUAAACUGAAAUAUUAAGAUGAGUUUUAUGAACGGGAACGCUAACGGGAAUGGGACCGCCAAUGGCAACGCUUACAAUGGCUUCUACGGUUAUAGACACAAAAUGGCGACUUUGGACCAGCUUUUCCAGCCCAUCCAGCAGAAGACGGAAGCCACCGGCAACAAGGUCACUGUGGUGGGAUCUGGCCAAGUCGGCAUGGCAGCGGUCUUCGCAAUGCUAACACAGGGCGUCACUAACAAUAUAGCGUUGGUGGAUUGUAUGGCAGACAAAUUGAAAGGCGAAAUGAUGGAUCUACAGCACGGCUCAUGCUUCAUGAAAGAUGCUAAGAUUCAGUCAAGCACAGAUUACGCCGUCUCUGAGGGUUCUAAGAUCUGUGUUGUGACCGCUGGUGUGAGACAACGUGUUGGGGAGACCAGGCUCGAAUUGGUACAGAGGAACACUGACGUCUUGAAAGUUAUUAUACCCCAGCUUGUAAAGUACUGCCCGGACGCCAUAUUCAUCAUAGCGAGUAACCCAGUGGACGUUCUAACCUACGUGACCUGGAAAAUCAGCGGACUGCCCAAGAACAGGAUUAUAGGAUCCGGAACCAACCUUGACUCAGCUCGUUUCAGGUACUUGCUGUCCGAGAAGUUGGCUGUAGCCUCUACUUCCUGUCACGGUUAUGUCAUCGGUGAACACGGGGACAGCAGUGUACCGGUAUGGUCCGGCGUGAACGUAGCCGGUGUGCGUCUCAGCGAUCUCAACCCAAAAAUAGGUUCGGAUGACGAUCCUGAAAACUGGAAAAAGAUCCACGAAGAUGUGGUUAAAAGCGCCUACGAAAUCAUCAAACUCAAAGGCUAUACUUCCUGGGCUAUUGGACUAUCUCUAUCACAACUCUGUCGCGCCAUACUUUACAACAUGAAUAGUGUGCACCCUGUCACGACCUGCGUUAAGGGCGAGCAUGGUAUAGAGGACGAAGUGUUCCUGUCCCUGCCCUGCGUGCUCGGCAGGAAAGGCAUCUAUGACAUCAUUCGACAAACACUCACCGAUAGCGAACUGACCCAGCUUCGGAAAUCUGCUGAAGUCAUGGCAAAAUUGCAAGCCGGUAUCAAAUUUUAGAAAACUUCAACAUGUCUAGCCUACAUUAUAAUCCACAGAUAAUUUAUAACAAUUAUCAUUAUGUACAGAUACUAAAUAUUUAUAUAACCAAUUGUCUUUUGAUGCAUUUUAAUAUUUUUAAUGGUUGUCGUCUCGCGAUUUUCUUAAUGUCCUUUUGAUGUUUUUCAUAUACGUCUUAAUUCUACAUAAAGUGAACUAGGUAUUAUAAAUGUAAAAAUGUACUCUAUUGUAACCCAGCAAGAUUUCAGUACAUUUACUUAAAGGUGUGUCAACAUUAAUAUUUAAGAAUUGUUGUAGGAUUUAUAUUUUUGAUCCUUUUAAUGUUUUGUAUGUUUCUAUUAAGAAAUUUAAUGUUUCAUUAAAUUUAAUAAAAGAUGUGAAUCGA